ACAAUUCCAGCAAACUGUCACUGUAUCAAGUGCCUUGUCCGUGACUCCAUUGUGUUUUCGCGUACUCAAAGCAAGAAGGAAACGAUCUGCAAACGCUGCGCUGUUUUGUACAUUAUUGCGAACAUUCGGUGAGUAAUUCUCUCCCCUUUUGUGUACAAUGAGUGUCGCGGGAAAGUGUUUGAUUGCUUCGUGGCCGGCAUGGUAUGCUAAAAUUGGUGCGAAAGGCCAGAAAACGGCCAAUAAAAUAAGUAAAGUACGUCACGCACCAUCUAUAAAGGGCAUGUGAGUGAGAGGGUGAGAACGAUUUCCUUUGGGAUCGGCACUAUCGCUCGUUCGCUGUCUCUUGCCUACGCGUGCACAAUUAUUCCUGGGGCGGUUGCAACCGUUGGAAAGGCAGAUGAUUCACCCAUUUCCUGCACUUACAAACACACACACACACACAUGCAUAACCUUAAACAAACUCUAGUUUCCCUUUGUCGUCGGGUGUGACUGUUUUUGCCGAUCCCCCCCCCCCCCCCCACCGCGCGCGGCCUGCAUCGGGUAAAUGUUAUUACAAAUGUUUUGUUCCGCUUUAUUUUUGGCCCCAAGCUACGGACCGAGGGCGGACCCAGACUGGCCUACGCCUCGGUUUUUUUUGCGUUUCUAUCGCACCGGUUCCAGAUGGAAUGUGUUGUGGCAAACUUCUGGAACAUUACUCGCUACUGCGAGCGGCAGUUUUUUUUUUGUAAGCAUUCGCCAACAAUUAUACAAACCCGCACCGUGCCCGCAUCACCUAAAGUUUAUUUUAUUUUUUCUUAAAUGGUAACUUCUUGUGCCAGCUGCACUUUGGCAUGAAAGUAACACAUAAAAAGCAACAAAAACAACAAACCCAUAAAACCAUAAACGCUUGAUUUGCCUUUAAAAGGAACUGGUCGUCCCGCAAAGGCAUCUCUGUACCGCUUUGCGAAAGAUUUUUUUUGCCAUCAUGAGAAAGGGAGGGGCAAGCAGUACGUUUCUUGUGUCCACGGUUGUGUUUGUGUGUCACAGGGCUCAACGGCAAACGGUGUAGAGAUGUGUGUUCCCCUCCCUCCGUGAAUGCAGCGAGUGGAGAGGGAGAGGUCAUCUUGGCGGCCCCAUAAUGGUUCGCCUUAUAAGGAUAUGAAUUUGUGCGGCCCGCUGGUCCGUUUUGCCCGAUUCGGCGAAAUGAUUGAACCAUGUGCAAGGCGAACUCUCUUUCUGUCGCUCCCACUCGACCUCGAUUCAGCCCGAUCGGUAGGAGGGAGGCAGUGUGGCCCUGCGGGCACAAGAAGGUGCACAAAACCUGAUCGCACACCAUCUGGAAGCGGGAAUUGUUAUUGCGCGCGACGUAACACACAACACAUGUCGCAUCGAUGAGCAAUUGGCUGGAAAUGGGUGACGAGAUAACGAAAUGCCCCACGCCUGCCCCAUCCACAACCCACAAACCCUGCACUUUCUACAACGGCUAUGGAUAUAUGUGUGCGUGUGCGUGCAUGGACCGUGACUCACAUCGGUCACCACUACCACGGCAGUGCAGCCACUGCGAUCCACUCGAAUGGUUUAAAUGUCGGCCCUCCGUCUUCACGGGGCAAGAUCGGUGGCAUGACACUCACGGGUGGUUCAAUGGGGGGGGGGGGGGGGAGGUAAGGUUUGCCUUGUACACUGUAAACCCACAGCAGCCAUUGUGCAUGUGGCAGAGAAGCACUCCUUAGUCGCAAAUUAGUAGCCGUGCACGUUGGUCAACUUCGUUUCGCUACGUGGAGAGUUGUGUACCACGCUGGGGACAACCUGUGUUUGUGUAACUUUUGCUCAAACAUCCGUGCUGAUAAAGCUCCCUGCCCGCCAUCAAGCAAGCUUGCACUCUAAGCCCAACAACGACAGCAGCAUCAACUACAACAAUCAUGUCGUCGCGCAAAACUGCCGGACGCCGCGGCACGACGAAGAAGCGGGCCCAGCGCGCCACCUCGAACGUGUUUGCCAUGUUCGACCAGGCCCAGAUUGCCGAGUUUAAGGAGGCGUUCAACAUGAUCGACCAGAACCGGGACGGCUUCAUCGAGAAGGACGACCUGCACGAUAUGCUCGCGUCGCUCGGCAAGAACCCGACCGAGGAGUACCUCGAGGGCAUGAUGAACGAGGCGCCCGGUCCGAUCAACUUCACCAUGUUCCUGACGCUGUUCGGCGAGCGGCUGCAGGGCACCGACCCGGAGGAGGUGAUCAAGAACGCGUUCGGCUGCUUCGACGAGGAGAACACGGGCGUGAUCAACGAGGACCGGCUGCGCGAGCUGCUGACGACGAUGGGCGACCGGUUCACCGACGAGGACGUGGACGAGAUGUUCCGUGAGGCGCCGAUCAAGAACAGCCUGUUCGACUACAUCGAGUUCACCCGCAUCCUGAAGCACGGCGCCAAGGAUAAGGAUGAGCAGUGAGCGCGACAGACUAACCAAGCGGUUGUUGUUUUUUUUCACCAGUUUUCACCCAAGCUUUCUUUUCUCACCUUUUUCCCCCUUCCCGUUCUGCAUUUAGGGAGAGCGCGAGUACGCAAGAAGACUCAUGAACAGACAGACAAAAGUAAAAGAACCAUCCCCAACUAACACAUUUAUUCACGUUACGCAAGUAAUUACACCCCAUCCCCUCUUCAGUAUUGCUAACCCUCGAAACACGUGUUUGCCGGUCGCAAACGAAGCUGUCCUGUCACUCGACUAAUUCGAUCAUAAAUGUAAUUGGCCUGCGGUGCGAACGUACUACUAAUCCCUAUACGAGCGAGGCACACAAAACCACCAGCCGCCUAGCAACACACACGGAGUACACGGUACAGAGAGGAAUGUUAACAGAUGUUUUGUCGAGCGUUCGUUUAGAAUGUAGACCUGUAUUUUGUCGAAAAUGAAACAUUACCAACUUCGAUGCGGGGCAA